GGUGCUCUAGAAAAAUACGCUUUUCGUGGGUAUUUUGGAGAAAAUCCUGCUAAAUGGCAUCCCUUCUACGAAGCUUAACUCCUUCCCUAAGGAGCAGCAUUAAGACAUUCAGCGGUGUUGCCCGGAGUUCCUUUGCUCUGUCUCGGCUGAAUAGCACGGAGGCGCCUAAGCAUGAGGAAACCAGGCCCACCGUUCGGAAGCCUGAUGCCGUUCAGCGCGACACUCUUACGGAGUUUGGGAAGUACGUCGCUGAGUGUCUCCCCAAAUUCGUUCAGAAAAUUCAACUAACGGCCGGGAAUGAGUUAGAAGUUCUGGUGUCACCUGAAGGAGUGCUUCCGGUACUGCAAUUUCUCAAGGAUCACCACAAUUGUCAGUUUACAAACUUGACCGACAUCGCUGGAAUGGAUGUUCCUUGCCGGAAGUACCGCUUUGAGAUCAUCUACAAUCUCCUCUCUCUGCGAUACAAUUCCCGGAUCCGCGUGAAGACUUACACGGAUGAAUUGACGCCCAUUGACUCCUGCAAUGAUAUCUUCAAGGCUGCAAAUUGGUACGAAAGAGAAAUUUGGGAUAUGUAUGGAGUCUUCUUUGCCAAUCACCCAGAUCUACGACGCAUCCUCACGGAUUAUGGCUUCGAGGGACAUCCGCAGAGGCGUGAUUUCCCUCUGUCCGGAUACGUGGAAGUGCGUUAUGACGAUGAGAAGAAGCGCGUGGUUGUGGAGCCUCUGGAAUUGGCCCAGGAGUUCCGACGCUUUGACCUGUCUGCGCCCUGGGAACAAUUCCCCAACUUCAGGAAGGCCAAUCCGGCCACUGAGCAGAUUGAACCCCCCAAGAAGUAGAGUGUAUAUAUCAAUGAAAUUGCUAGUGAAACACUGAAAAAAAUAAAAUAGAAAAUUACUAGAA